CCAUACUGCUGCGCGCCCUCCCUCGCUGACGAGGAUCAUCUUUUGUGAUUUUACCGUAAGGCGCCAUUUUGAUUACUUGACUGAAGAGGAUCUUGAAACUCAAGUACGAGGUAGUUGGAGUGCUUUACAUAAAGUACAUAGUUAGCAGACUUGACUAACCUUCUAAAUAGAGUGAGUCAGUAGGGCGGCCAAAAUGGCGACGGGCGCAAACGCGACUCCUUUAGGAAAGUUGCACCCUAGCAUUGGCGCUAAACGAGGCUUCGACGCAGGGCCUGGCGCGGGGAACGGUUUGAUGCCCAGCCCGGGCGCACCUACCGCUUUUUCGCCGAUGCAAGGAUUCCAGCCGGCAAUGCCCCCCUCCGCCUAUCCACAGACUCACCAGUUCAACCCGGCAAGUGGUUUCUCGCCCCAGCCCCCUCAGCCAUCAGGUGGCCAAGAUUUCAGUCAGAAGAAACAAAGGAAGAAGAGUCGUUGGAGCAGUGAGACGCCCGAUCAGAAGACUGUAAUACCAGGCAUGCCCACCGUCAUCCCCCCCGGUCUCACACGGGAUCAAGAGCGAGCCUAUAUAGUCCAACUGCAGAUUGAAGACCUGACACGUAAACUGCGUACAGGAGACCUGGGAAUCCCUGUUAACCCUGAGGACAGGUCUCCCUCGCCAGAGCCCAUCUACAACAGCGAGGGCAAGAGGCUGAACACGCGUGAGUAUCGCACACGCAAGAAGAUCGAGGAGGAGCGCCACUCCCUCAUCACUGAAAUGGUCGGACUCAACCCCGACUUUAAACCACCAGCAGAUUAUAAACCUCCAGCUACCAGAGUUAACGACAAAGUCAUGAUUCCUCAAGAUGAAUACCCUGAGAUCAACUUUGUCGGCCUGCUUAUUGGACCUCGUGGUAACACCUUGAAGAAUAUUGAGAAGGAAUGCUGUGCCAAGAUCAUGAUCCGUGGUAAAGGCUCUGUGAAGGAGGGCAAGGUUGGCAGAAAGGAUGGACAGAUGCUGCCUGGGGAAGAUGAGCCUCUGCACGCUCUAGUCACUGCAAAUACAAUGGAGAAUGUCAAGAAAGCUGUGGAGCAGAUUCGCAAUAUCCUGAAGCAAGGCAUCGAGACACCUGAGGAUCAGAAUGACUUACGUAAAAUGCAGCUGAGAGAGCUGGCGAGACUCAAUGGCACGCUGAGGGAAGAUGACAACAGGAUCUUACGCCCUUGGCAGAACACAGAGCCCCGCAGCAUCACCAACACCACUCUUUGUACCAAGUGUGGUGGAGCAGGACACAUCUCCUCUGACUGCAAGUACACCAGUUCCUUUGCAGCACAAAGAGCUACUGGUGGCGAGCCCCCUCAGUCGGCGCAGGACAAGGCUCGCAUGGACAAGGAGUAUUUGUCACUCAUGGCCGAGCUGGGCGAGGCUCCAGUCCCGGCAUCUGGAGGCGCGCAAGGAGGAGCCCCCCGGCCUCCUGCACCCAACAGCACCCAGGCACCGCCGAACCGGCCUCCCUGGAUGGGCACUGGUCCCAAUGAGAACAGGAGCUUCCAUGGCAUACAUGGAGGAGGCCCUGGAGGACCUCACAGCUUUCCUCCCCCCAUGUCCAACAUGGGGGGCCCUCCGAUGCACCCCAACCCCAACGGCAUGCCUCCCCCAUGGAUGCAACCUCCACCUCCGCCCAUGGGCCAGGGCCCAGGACCUCAUGGACACCCCAUGAGCAUGAUGCCACCACCGAUGGGCAUGAUGCCCCCUCCACCACCUCCUCCCAGCAAUCAGCCACCACCUCCCCCUUCUGGACCCCUGCCUCCAUGGCAACAGCAGGCUCCGCCUCCUCCUCCCACAAGCAGCAUGGCAACAAGUACACCGUUGCCGUGGCAACAAAAUACCACUACCACCUCCAGCCCUGGCACCGGCACCCUGCCUCCAUGGCAGCAGCCUCAGCAGCCCACGGCCUCAGCAGCCCAGCCCCCUCCACCAAUGGGUAGCCCCUCCAUGGUGCCACCUCCCCCUGGUGUCCAGCCACCCCUUCCCCCAGGCGCUCCCCCUCCUCCCCCUCCACCCCCACCCGGCUCAACCAGCAUGAUGUAUGCCCCACCACCGCCCCCACCUCCAAUGGACCCUUCCAACUUUGUCACCAUGAUGGGGAUGGGGGUACCGGGCAUGCCGCCAUUUGGCAUGCCUCCAGCCCCUCCACCUCCUCCACCCCAGAAUUAAGAGCCCAGUCUGGAGAGAAGCACCACCCUGCAUCAUAUCCAAUAGACUGUCUUUCUGUCCGCUCACAAAUAUAACCAGUGCUUUAUUUUCUAUUGUCAUCUAUAUUGUCAAGACGUGUCUGAAACGAGGCUAUUGAUUCACUUUAACUUGUGGAAAUUGAAGAAUCACACCACCUCUUUUUAAAGUAUCAAUACAAAGUUCUGUGUGAGUGUGUGUACGUGUGCGCGCAAACACUUGCUUUCGGGCGUGCAUUUUGUUUUUUUAGUCUACUGAAUAACAAAAAGCUCAAAUUGACACCAGUAAGUUUAAUUUAUGUUGAACACAGUUGCUCAUUUUUACAACUGAUCACAAUCUUUGUUGAAUUUUUCAGAUAAAAGCUUUGCAUGAUCAUUUCAAGAGCAUUGAGUUUACCAAGAGUAAUAUUUUUGUAAUGGGAAGAUGUGAAGUGUUAUAGGUUUUGCUCCCACCCAAAUGUGCAUGUUUUCUCAUUUGUCACGUGGAUUAACGGGAGAAUCUUGACCGCUGGACUUUCAGACCUUCUGUCACAGUGCGUACGUACACGCAAAGCAUCUUCUGUGACUAUACACAAGGAUGAAAUGUUAGUUUUAUUCCCUUUCUGGACCAGGUCUGUUGUUGCAUUGCUAAUUUGAAUGACUUGAUUGCUUGGUUAGAAGUAAACUGACCCGAGACCCCAGUAAGGAUAAGCAGCAUAGAAGAUGGAUGAAUGGAAAUAAACUGAUUCAUUAGACCCUU